CCGCCCUGUCUGUUUUCUUAAACCAGACGUCACAAUCUUCUAUUCCCUUGCCAAUAUUCAACAACCAUUCAAAAUGUCAAGCACGGAAACUGAUUCACAGACUCCUUCCCCUGGCCCUAUGGAGGAGCUCAGAGGGUCUUUGAAAAACCUGUAUGAAAAUGCAGAAUACUCGGACCUGACAAUUGCCAGUCGACAUGCCGAGUACCGAGUUCACAAAGCCAUUGUGUGCCCCAGAUCCGAUUAUUUUGCUGCAAAGUGUCGGGAGUUGGCGUCUGAAGCUGCCAUAGAGGGCACCCUCAGCUUGCCUGACGAUGAUCCCCAGGCUGUCGGGAUGGUCAUUCGGUAUUUCUAUCACUUAGAUUAUCCAUCUGCGUCUCAGCAAAAGGCCCCCUUGCUCAAUGGGUACGCGCAGGUGAAUGGCCACAGCAAUGGCUAUGACGAUGACUUUAAUGGAUCUAUCAAGUCGGAUGACCAGGUCCUUGAGAAAGACAUCAAGUCUGGAGAGCACAGCGAGCCUCUUGAUGACUUUCUUCCACCGCAGCCUCAGCGACUCAGCAAGAAGCAGAAGAAGCGUGCCAAGGCCAAUGCCAAGCAAGACUCUGGAAUCGUUGCGUCUCCUGAUCCCAACGGCGAGACCUUGUCGUCGCCAAUCACCCAAGAGCCGUCUACGCCAAACCAGGCCCAAGAAAACCACAGCGAAGGCGGAGGCGCCGUUCUAAUUGCAAAGCCACCACCACCUGGUCACCCGGCAGCGAAUGGCAUUGAUAUCGGCUCUACCAACGACACUCUCGUUUUGCAUGCAAAUGUGUAUGCGCUGUCGAGAAAGUAUGGCAUCUCUGGCCUUCGAUCGCUCGCGUUCGACAAAUUUAGGACAGAAGCCGACAACCAGUGGGACACGGAGGAGUUUCUUCACGCAGCUGAGAAGGUAUACACAUCCUGCUCGGAUGGCGACGAUGAUCGCGAUAUCAAGGACGUUGUUGUUGGGAUAAUAUGCCGUCACGGCGAGUUGAUGGACAAGGUUGAGACGCAGAAGGUAAUGCGCACUCUGCCGAGUGACUUGAUGUAUGACAUUCUCCUGAAAGUCAGACAGCAAGGAGGGUUUAUUAGAUGAUGUCGUUGGUUGAGGCUUCAUUUGGGAAUUUUAUGAUCUUAAUGCGCAACGAUAGCCAUGCUUAUGAACGGGUUCAUGUGUUCGGAGAGAAAGGAGCUAAACAGAGGCACAUGGAAUUGUUCGGGACAGAGCACGGUUUGUGAUUCUCAACUCUGAUAGGACAGAGGAUUCUUUCCACCGCUGCACAGCUUCAAGCUCUCGAUAGGUAUCAUUACGUUAGGCUUUUGCUACCCUCUCCUUAAGCUUUUGUAUCCAAUAGCCUAUACCAGCAACGUCUUUUG